GGCUGACCCUUGAACUCCACAGGCACACGCAAGAACCUGACUUCCAAGAUUCCUUCCUUCCCCAUCUUCUCCUCUUCUCGCACGGCCGGCGCCGAGCCACACUCGUUCGGUCGUUCUCCUCCAGGACCUCCAACCACUCCGACUCCGAUUCCUUCGCCAGACCCAACUCCCCGAAGAAGACUAGCCCUGCCCAGCCGCUACAGCAACCGCCGCGGGUGCUCGUGCCGUGCCCUUCACUGAUUCUUGUUGGACUUGGGACCCCACGUAUCCAGAUCUACAAGUUUCCCUCCUAUUAAUCCCAACUACUGCUAGUAUAGGGCCACGACUCCAACUAACCCGACUUGAACCUGCCGUUCCUGCGCCGACGACCGGACCGGAGAUUCGCCGUCCAUGGCCGAGGUGGUCCGCGCGGAGGGCGAGCACACCCUAGAGCAGGGGCUCCUCGCUAUUCCGGAGGAAUCCAACCAACUUACGUACACUGGAGAUGGGUCCGUUGACUUUUCCGGAAACCCUGUCGUGAAGGAGAGAACUGGUAGAUGGAGGGCAUGCCCAUUCAUCUUAGGUACUGAAUGCUGCGAGCGAUUGGCCUAUUAUGGCAUCUCAACAAACCUUGUCACUUACUUGACAAAAAAACUACAUGAUGGUAAUGCCUCUGCUGCUAGAAAUGUGACUACAUGGCAGGGAACCUGCUAUUUGACUCCCCUUAUUGGAGCUAUCCUGGCUGAUGCAUACUGGGGGAGGUAUUGGACAAUCUCAACAUUCUCCGCAAUAUACUUCAUCGGGAUGUCAGUACUGACUCUUUCAGCAUCAGUUCCUGCACUAAUGCCUCCAUCCUGUGAAGGAUCCAUUUGCCCACCAGCCAAUCCUUUGCAGUAUACUGCCUUUUUUCUUGGUCUUUACCUAAUUGCACUUGGUACUGGUGGAAUCAAGCCAUGUGUCUCAUCCUUUGGAGCAGACCAAUUUGAUGAUACAGAUCCAGCUGAGCGAAUCCAGAAGGGGUCUUUCUUUAAUUGGUUCUAUUUUUCAAUAAACAUCGGUGCUCUUAUAUCAAGCAGUUUUCUGGUUUGGGUGCAAGACAACUUAGGUUGGGGACUAGGCUUUGGCAUUCCAACAGUGUUCAUGGGGCUGGCCAUCAUAAGCUUCUUCUCUGGCACUUCAAUUUAUAGAUUCCAAAAGCCAGGUGGUAGUCCUAUCACACGAGUAUGUCAGGUAGUUACUGCCACUGUGCGCAAGUGGAAUGUACAAGUUCCAGAGGACAGCUCUCUCUUGUAUGAGCUAUCUGAUGGGGUUUCAGCAAUUGAAGGGAGUCGGCAAUUGGAGCACACUGAUGAAUUCAGAUGUCUGGACAAGGCGGCUACAAUUAGUGAUUUUGAUGUGAAAACAGAUAGUUUCACCAACCCAUGGCGGGUAUGCACUGUCACCCAGGUGGAAGAACUGAAGAUAUUGGUAAGGAUGUUCCCUGUCUGGGCGACGACUAUUGUGUUUUCGGCUGUUUAUGCUCAGAUUUCCACCAUGUUUGUGGAACAAGGAAUGGUGCUUGAUACAUCUCUUGGCUCAUUCAAAAUUCCUCCCGCAUCCCUAUCCACCUUUGACGUGGUUAGUGUCAUCAUAUGGGUUCCUAUCUAUGAUAGUAUCUUGGUUCCAAUUGCUAGGAGGUUCACUGGCAACGCGCGGGGCUUUACAGAAUUGCAGAGGAUGGGCAUUGGCUUGGUAAUCUCCAUCUUAGCAAUGUCAGCAGCUGCUGUCCUUGAGAUCAAAAGGUUGGCCAUUGCCAGGGAUGAACACUUGGUGGAUCAAAAUGUCCCUGUUCCAUUGAGCAUCUUCUGGCAAAUUCCUCAAUAUUUCUUGGUUGGUGCCGCUGAGGUAUUCACAUUUGUCGGAGCACUCGAGUUCUUCUAUGAUCAAUCACCGGACGCCAUGAGGAGCCUCUGCAGUGCGCUGCAGCUCCUCACCACAGCACUCGGAAACUAUCUCAGUGCAUUCAUUUUGACAAUGGUCGCAUACUUCACAACAAGAGGAGGAAAUCCUGGAUGGAUUCCUGAUAACUUGAAUGAAGGGCAUCUUGAUUACUUCUUCUGGCUGCUUGCUGGGCUCAGUUUUCUGAACUUCUUGGUUUACGUCUUGUGUGCAAACAAAUUCAGAAGCAAGAAAGCAGCUUGAACUGUGAGCGUCAGGAGUUAGAUGGCGUCGAAGCAGCCUGGUUGCUUGAACCUUGAAGGUUGGCAGUCUGAUGGCAUCAUCAUGUACAUCGCACUUCAAAAAUCUGUACAUAUAUGUAUCCCAGAACACGAACCCCUUCUCGACGCAAGGACUGAGGCCUUCAAUAAGCAAAUGUUAACAAGCUGUAUUUCUCACUGUAUUUGAAGCCAACAUGGAUCAUGUAUUCCUUUUAAAUUCCUGUAUAUAUAUUUCAUUUACUUGAAGUCAGAUACCUAUCUCUGGGUUUCCGUGUUCCUGGUUUAGUUUUCUGUUGUAGUAUGCUGUAUACAUAUUUCAUUUACUUGGAGUUA